AUGCUUGCCGGUUCCACCUUGAAACAGACCUCCCCCGCCGCCUCUCAGCCCGCGCCACAGCAGCCAGCGCCCGUUGAUUGUUGGUGUUGUCGUCGUCUUCGUCGUCGUCUGUCUUCCUGCCUGCCUGUCUGCCUUGUCUUCUCUUCUCUUCUCUUCUCUUGUCCUGUCUGCUCAGGUGCUAUCAAAAAUCCCCCGACAGCGCUCGCUUCCCGCUUCCCGCUUCCCGCACGCAUACCACACCUCUCGCGAGCCCUCUGCCCUGUCGUCGCCUCGACACCACUCGACGAUAUCGUCGUCCUUGCAUCUCGCCGCCAGCGCUGCACCUGUCCUGCCCUCCCGCCACUCUCCGCUGGAUACGGGCGGACAUCUGCUUCGGCUCCAAGAGCUGGUCGACGUCGCCUGGUUGACGGCCGCAGGUCCAUUGCAUUGAUUGGCGCCCAACCAUCUUCGACGUUCGACGUGCGACGUGCGACAUCGAAGCGACACGCCCCCUCCUCUCUCCCCCACACACGACCCCUCGUUCCUCCACAACUACCAGCACACAAGCUUCGGGCCUCGACCCUGGGUUGCACUUUGCCACCACUCUGUCGCGUGCUACCCCCGCCCCAUCGAGCCAUCAACGGGCACUCUCUGCCAGUCUCGACCUCUACACUGUAG